ACUGUACUUUUUACUUCUAGUUAUGCAAGGAAUUUUGAAACCUCUGAAAGAAUCCACAGCAGGUUCAUGAAACGUCUCCUUUUGUCCAUAUAUAGCAUGACUCACCACCAAAACUCCUGUACAGUACAACCUUCGGACCGACGACACACACGCAACACAACAGCGAGCGCUUUAACGCUUCUCGCGGGCAGGUACUCUCAGCCACCUGAGCGAGAGUUUAGUGCAGCGGCGGGAGCGCGCUUCAUCAAAACGAGGCUACAGCCGGGAGCGGUUUCCUGGGUGCGUAAAGCGUCACAACGAGGCCGACUGCGGUAUGCGAAGACGCAGGUGUUCCCGAACUAUCCCAGUGUUUUAGAGCGGCGGGAGCGCGCUUCAUGGAAACGAGGCUGCGGUCGGGAGCGGUUUCCUGGGUGCGUAAAGCGUCACGUCGAGGUUCAACGUUAGCCGUGCGUGUGAAGGAGUUGAGACGAGCGGGAUACUGAGUGAAUUUACGCCUUUGUCCGACGACAGUGUGGAAGAAUCAUCCUGAGGACACAGGAGGAGGAGGCGAAGACAGGAGACGGGCCGAAGACAUUGCGGACCGAUACUUAACUUGGAAUAUUUCCGACCACCACCAGCCGUUUCGGGGAGGAGAGUUCAUUAAGUGGAGUGCGGGACACGCGAAGCCCCCUGGGGAGGGCGAGAGCGCGCAGCGGGAGAGUCUUGGCUGAGAAAGAUGAAUAAAAACCACCGAAUAGCGAGCAACCUGAGACUCAGCUCCGUGGAGGUGAAGAGUAAGUUUGGUGCGGAAUUCCGUCGGUUCUCCCUUGACCGGUCAAAGCCGGGUCGUUUUGAAGAGUUCUACGGUCUGCUGCAGCACGUGCAUCGGAUCCCUAAUGUGGACUUGCUGGUGGGCUACGCAGACGUUCAUGGGGACCUGUUGCCCAUCAACAAUGAUGACAACUAUCACAAGGCCAUUUCCACGGCCAAUCCACUGCUGCGCCUCUUCCUUCAGCGAAAAGAGGAAGCAGACUAUUCAGCUUUCGGCACCGACUCUCUGACCCGCAAGAAAACUGUCCUGUCAGCGGUGUUGCUGCGGCCUGAUAACAACCGCAAGAAGCCCCCAGUUAUCAUUAGUCUGCCGCGGGACUUCCGGCCCGUCUCAUCCAUCAUCGAUGUGGACAUACUGCCGGAGACUCAUCGUCGCGUGCGACUCUACAAGCAUGGCCAAGACAAGCCGCUGGGCUUUUAUAUCCGUGACGGCUUCAGUGUUCGUGUCACACCACAGGGCUUGGAAAAGGUCCCGGGUAUCUUCAUCUCACGCAUGGUGCCAGGGGGGCUGGCAGAGAGCACAGGCCUGCUAGCUGUCAACGACGAGGUGCUUGAGGUCAAUGGCAUCGAGGUUUCGGGAAAGUCGCUGGACCAGGUCACUGAUAUGAUGAUUGCAAACAGCCACAACCUGAUUGUGACAGUGAAGCCGGCAAACCAGCGCAACAAUGUGGUGCGACAUAGCGGUGCAUCGGGCAGCUCGGGUCGCUCUACUGACAGCGGGGCCAGUCACCACAGCUACACAGCCUCAAGCCACAUGCCUGUCACUCACAUCAUCCAGAACUUCCAGUCUGAGGAUCUGGAGAGCGAUGAGGAUGAGGAUCUGGUGAUCGAGGCAGGAGGUGAAGCCCUGUCCAUUCCCCGUUCGGCUUCUGGAAGCCGCAGCAUGCCCUCGCUUCCACGCUACGAGCUACAUCUGGGCCUCAAGCCCAAUGGUUCCAUGGUAACCUCUGGCAGUGCUGGUUCCCUCAGUGCCCCUGACAGUGAGCAUCGUAGCCUCGAGGAGGAUGGAACAGUCAUCACGCUGUAGGGAGAUGCAUCAGCCCACUCCCCCUGCCAAAUAUAUGUGCCAUAGGACUGAGAUGAUCCUCCACACCUCUUUGGCUUUGAGAAGUCAGCGAGAUGACCGACUGUUUAAUGUAAUAAUGAGAGUCUCGCCAAGGGAUGAGGCCACAUACAGGUCUCCUUCAUUUUAAGAACUUUGUACAAAAUCAUAAAGAACUACUUUUAAUGUUAAGAGUCUCGUAACCUCCCAUAGGAGGGUGAGGGCACAUCUUCAGCAUCUGGAGCCGACAAUGAAUGCACAUGUCUGCAAGCAUGGAGCCUUGAAUUUUCUAAAGAGAGGAAGGAUACAACUCAUAUCAUUACAAUGCUUAUUUACUCUUUUUAUGUGUACAAUUUUUACCUUGUUCUUUUGAGUGACAACAACUCUUGAUGAGUUGUGAAUUACAUUUCUGUGAAUGGGAGAGGGAGAGCAGGGUUUGCAAUAUUAGUCCCAGUUAAGAGACCAAUCAGCAGUGUAGAUUUAGUAUUAAACUAGUGGCAAGAUGGCACAACUAUUUCUUCAGAUUAAAAAGUAAAAUCUUAGACUUCACUGUAUUAUAGAUUGAAUAAUUACUCACUUAAAAUUACAAAAAACACUGGAUAUAUGGUUUUUUUGGGAACAUUUUAGUGUGACCAAUGUGAGUACCAAGCUGGGAAAGGAGAGAUAUUCCCCUGGGAAUACAUACUGGUUGAAUCAGGGCAUCGGGCAAUCAGGGAGUCUUGUGUGUAUCUUGAUGGAAAUUUAGGUCCCCACUACCACCUGCUUACCUGUCUCUGAAAGGUGAGAUGCUGGGUAAUUGUUGUAAAUUUAUUUUUCUUCACUUAUGUUGAACCACACUAACGCAGUCAAUGUGUUUAGUUUUUAGCACUACUGUCCUGACAGGUAAGACUGGGGGUAUGAAACACUGUCAUCUUACUUUGAAAUGUGUGAGGCAGGCUUGACCGUAAUAGAUUUCACUAAAACGAUGCAUUUGCAUUUCCUCAAGUACAUCUGUGUGACUAUAGGGGAUGGGCCACAUAUUCAGAAGCCUCAUAAUCGCAUUCCUAGUGUUUGAAGUUCUUCUGCUGAUUUAUCGACUGUAUAGCCACCCUUGGAACCUGUGCUUUCGUUCUCUGCAUGGAGAAUCUGUACGAUCUGGAUACUUCAAGCACGCUUUUUUCCAUGAGUGAAACUGGAUGCAUACAACCAGCAGUGGGAGUGUUCAAUAGAAAGAAAACAUGAGACUUUUCUUGAGCCAGGGACCAUGCUUUUUUUCCCCUCUUAGAUUUACCUGGUAAAACCAGAAAUCAUCUAUAGAAUUAAAGCUGACUCGUUUUGUAGCUUUGUACUCUAAAGUAGGAUAUCUCACCUUGUUACUGGAGUAACGAGUUCUCCACUGGACAUAAAGCGGGAGUCUACCCCCCCCCCCUUUUUUUUUUAAUUUUUUUU